CCACUGACAGGCUCUGACAGCUCAGUUUGUCGUUUUGUGCUCAGGUGAUUCUGCCACUGACAGGCUCAGGUCAGAUUCGCACUCUGCACCAGCGGACGCAGCAGCAGCAGCAGCAUUGGAUCGGGAUCGGGGUACACGAUCGGCGGAUCCGAAAAAGCCAUCAGGUCUGGUGACCAUGUUCGCGUGUAAUCGUAGCAGUCCACGUCAUCAUCGUCCUGUCUCUGAUCGAUACCGCCAUCAUCAUCAUCAUCAUCAUCGUCACCAUCAUCAACAUUAUCAUCAUUAUCAUCUCCAUCAUCAUAAUCAUAAUCAUAAUCAUCAACGUCAUCAUUUCGAUGAUGACGUUUCUGCCUUGUCGGUGUCCCCGAGGAGCCGUCGAUUAGUCUCGAUCGAGGGCCUUAGCGUUCUCUGCUUCAUCCUGCUUUCCUUCGCCGAGACGGUCGUUAGCAAUGCUAAUGCAAUGACAGACAUUUACGAUGACAUGCAGCUUCUUCGUCCUGAGGCUCACGAUUAUCACAAUCAUGGUGAUUGCAAUAACCAUCAUUGUCGUACUAAUUAUAGUAAUUACCAUUAUGGGAAACGAGGAGGAGGGAGAGGGGGAGGAGGAGAACGAGGAGGAGGGGGAGGGGGAGGAGUAGGAGAAAGACGAUUACCACCACUCUGGGAAAACGAUGUGAUGAUUGGGGAUAAUCCGCAGCGACGUCAACAACAGCAGACACGUCAGCUUCAAGAUGAAUCUUCUGGGAAAGCUGUCGACGACGACGAUGUCCACAACCACGUGAGCAGCCAUGUCAGCAACCACGUCAGCAGCGACCUCAGCAGCCACGUCAGCAACCACUUCAGUGGCCACGUCAGCAGCAACUUCGGAGAGAAAGAAAGACCUAAGGAGGGAAGUCAACGGCUUGGAAGAGAAGUUGAGUUGGCAAAGCGUCCACGUCAGCAGCACACUCAUCGAAUUGGUAAUCAUCGCCGAGCCUCCCUGCGUUUUGGCGGGAAUUUGAACAAAACAACGCGGCAGUUGGAGGGUAUUGUCGAAUUGAUUGAGUUGCCGACGCACGAUCGGCUGCCACGUCAGCACCUGCAGCGAUCCGCGAGCAACGGCUCGGUUUCCGUUGAUUGGUCGGCGAUUACCUCGUCAGCAGAAGCAGCAGCAGCCGCCACGUCAGCAGCUGCACCAUUCCAUCCGAUCUCAAGUGUCGACGUCACCACGUCCGCCUCUGACGGGAGGGGGAGGGAGAGGGGGAGGGGGACGGGGAGGAGGGGACGCCGCAGUCUCAUCAGCGGGAGGCCUACGAUAGAUGAUGAUCAGAAACUCCGACGGAUCGUUGAGAUUGACGGCCGGGAUGUGUUCCCUUGGCGGCCUCGGAAGAGGGCCAUUGCCACGUCGACGGGCCAACCGUUCUCCAAGUAUGAGGUGGUUGAUCUCUCUCUGACGUCAGAUGGCAGUCUGCUGUAUUACUCGGCGCGCUUCUGCCCUGGCUCUGUGGGUCACUCUUCUUCCUCGUCCUGCCCGAUUUCUAAUGGCCUUGGAUAUGUCGAGAAGCUUCGAACAGCUGAGAUCUUAGCCGUCGAUGAUGAUCAUGAUGACGCCGCGAGAUCGUCGCCGCCGCCGCCGUCCGUGGCUGCUACGAAUCCAUUCAGCAGGUCGGGAUCUGCGACCGUCGUCAAAGGUCGGUCCUUUGCCUACCCUUGGACAGCUGUAAAGCCGCUGCCUUCGCCCAAAGCGCGCCAACCGCCUGCUCCUACACCCUUCUCAGCCGUUAAUUCCGUCAUCUCCUUCGGCAAGAAUAGAGCGCUCCUUAUCUUGGACGUUGGCGGGAUAUCCAUUGCGGUUAAUCGAAACAGGACCCCAAUCGUCCCCAUGGAUGUCGACGUGACCGGGAUGGGCCCGUUGACUUCGAUGGCGGCGGCGGCCGGUCUGGAUCCUUUCCUCACUCUGGGAGAUGCCGCGGAUCUCAGUCACCCCGCACGGACAUCCUCCUCCUCCUCCUCCUCCUCCUCCUAUUCUAAAUCCGGAUCCCGACUCUUCAUCGGGACGGCCAAUCGGGGAAUCUACACCAUCGAUCUAACGGAGCCGCGCCGCAUCGCAGGUGCCGAUCCCGAUCCCGAUCAACGGAACAACAGCAAGAAGAAGACCUCAGUCGUUACACCGAAGCGCUUGUCGUUAUCUGCCACCACUACCGCAGCCGACUCGAGGGCGGAGGUGAUGACGUCAUCGUCAUUAUCAUUAUCAUCAUCAUCAUCAUCGCGAUCACCGUCUGCGAAUUUUGCCACGUCGGAUGCGACCCCGCUGCUGACGUGGCCAAUCUUCGACGACAACAGUUUGUCGCCCGACGGAGAGGUUCUCUUCCUAUCCGAAGUCGACAAGCACGUGAUCAGGAGGAUAAACACGUCGUCGGGGGAGGUGGAGGUGAUAGCCGGGCGGUGGAGAGAAGCCGGCCACGUGGACGGGAUCGCGACAACGGAGGCGCGAAUGCACGGCCCAGCUCAGCUGGCGCUGACGUCAGACGGGUGCAAUCUCUUCGUCACUGAAGCAGCGGGGGCCUCUCUCCGUCUGAUUGCUCUGGACAGACCGUACGGCAGAGGCCUGCAGGUCAGAACUCUGGCUCGAUGGAGAGACAAGGCGGGAAGAUCGGCCAUCGCUGUCUCUGCCGAUGACAAACUCCUGUACGUCGGGAUCGCGGGCGGAUGGAUCGUGAAGUUAUCCGUUAACAAGUCUGCUUUGCACCAGUGCUUGUCGGGAUCCCCGUCAGCGAGCUCCACCAUGACAGCGGCGACGCCCCCCCCUUCCUCCUUGCCGUUCCGGUUGCCGUCAACAAAUACCACCGAGACAACGUCCACCACAAGUAUUUCUGCCCCCGCGAGCAGCAGCACCACCACCACCGGACACGUGUCCUCGUCUUCUCCCUUCUCCUCCUCCUCCUACACACAUCCUUCUUCUGGCCACGUACUCAGCAGUGAUCCUUCGCCUUAUCAUACUUCAAAGCCAGAUGAAAGAGCCCCAGGAGAAGCAACCACCUCUCCCAUCACUGCGCCGGGUGAUUCCAAGGUUGCUUCUCCCGCCUCCAGCGCCGCCGAUGUCGCGACUGAUCCCGAUCCUCAUGCCGCAGCUCAGCGGGAAGACCAGAGUGCCGCUGCAGGUCCCGACCCACAUCACGUGGCUUCUCUGCGCAGCCCCGCUGACGUCGCACGGUUGGUCCCGUUGAUGAAUCCCGACUUGAGAUCCCGUGUUAAGACCUACGAGGCCGUCAUAGCCGCGCUCGCGGCUGGGUUGUUCCUCACGCUGCUGACCAUCCUCAUGAUGCUCUCGUACAUCUAUGUUCAACGGUCCAAACUCCAGAGAUUCAAUCAUCGCCGUUCAUUUUCCGAUAUCGGACGGAUACGAUAGACACACACACAAAAAAAGGGAUGAAGCUGUGCUGCUGUUGAUUAAUGUGAAGACUAUGACGAUGACCACGAUGAUGAUGAUGAUGAUGAUGAUGAUGAUGAAGAUGAAGAUGAUGAGAAUGAUGGAGGAGUAGAUUCUGAAGAAGGUAACCCAUCCAUUAACUUAUCACUAAAAAGAGUUGGGUAAAGCUGUGACGUUGAUUAGUAUGAAGACGAUGACAAUGAUGAUAAUGAUGAUGAUGAUGAGGAGGAGGAGGAGGAAGAAGAAGAAGUCAGGCCAUCCAUGUACUUAUCACUUGAAUGGGAGAUGAAAAAAAAAAAAAAAAAAACGAUUGUGAUGAUGAUGAUGAUGGCACAUGAGCUCCUUCAAGU